CUCCCCGUGGCGGCCUCCUACCUCAGCCGGCGCGCGCACGACCCCAGCGCGCCGGUGGUGCUGACCCCGCCGAGGAUACUGCUCGCCGCCGCGGGGCUCGGGCUGGCGACCGGCGCCGACGACUUCCUGUACGCGUACGGGCUGUCGUUCGUGCCCGUGUCCACCUCCGCGAUCCUCAUCUCCACGCAGCUGGCCUUCACCGUCUUCUUCGCGUUCCUGAUCGUGCGGCAGCGGCUGACGGCGCUGUCGGUGAACGCGGUGGCGCUGCUCACCGUGGGCGCCGUGGUGCUGGGGCUGCACGUGUCCUCGGACCGCCCCGCCGGGGUGAGCAAGGGGCAGUACUGGCUGGGGUUCCUGCUGACCCUGGCCGCCGCGGCGCUGUACGGGCUGGUGCCGCCGCUGAUCGAGCUGACCUACAAGCGGGCCGCGGGCCGCGGGCGCGUGGUGACGUACGCGCUGGUGAUGGAGAUGCAGCUGGUGAUGGGCUUCUUCGCCACUGCUUUCUGCACCGUCGGCAUGAUCGUCAACAACGAUUUCCAACCCGGCGAGAGGAAGCGAGAGGACCAAGCCCGGCGAACGCGAUGGGGUCGUCGGGGAGGAACGGGCUCACCUACGACGAAGCGCGCGGCCGCGGAGCCGGUGAAGAGCGCGACGAGCAGGGCCCGCGCCGAGCCAGAAGGCGCGGAGGUGCGGCGGGUGGGCGCGCGCCGGGGCGGCCCCGCCUUCUCCGCCGCGACGGUCCCCGCGGCGGCGAGGUGCGCGAGGAGCUGCGCUGCGAGGAAGGCGCGCUGGACCGCGGCCCAAGAGCUCCCGUCCUCGCCCUCCCAGCUCGCGGGGAGGAGCAGGAAGGCGAGCGCGAGCAGCACGAGGGACGCGGCGGCGAGCGCCGAGGAGGCCCCGAGCGCGAGCCUUUUAGAUCUAUUUGCAAAAAUCUAG